AUCCUGGCAACCAUUCCUCUUCACUAGGAAAAAUAUGAUGGCGCAUCAGUGAGGAGCUUGUCUGAAUACGAUUGAUUGUGAACGUCCUGAAGAAAAAAAGGUUUGACCAACAGCAAGAUGUCUAAAAGAAAGAAGGCAGUCAAUAUGAUUGAUUCUGACAGCGACGAAAGCGGGAGCGGAGGAGAAGAUGUUGAUGAAGGCCUCCGAGCUUUGGUGAAGAGGAGGAGAACUAGCUCGGACUCUCAUUCUGAGGCCAAAGCAAAUACGACCAACGCCAAGAGUGAUUCCGACUCGGACACCUCCAACAGCGAUGAUGAUUGGACUGUCAAUGGCAAGUCGGGGUCAAAGAAGAAAGUCAAGACGAAGAAGCCCCAAAAGAAAGCUAUUGCUUCCUCUGAUAGCGAGGAAGAGGAGGAAGCCAAGAAAUCAGCCUCAGAGCCGGAAGAAGGUGAAGUAUCUGACUCGGGAAGCGAUGACUCGGAUUCUGACGAAGAUAAAUUUCAUGAUGGCUACGAUGAAAAUCUUAUUGGUGAUGACGAGGACAAGAAAAGACUGGAAGCCAUGACAGAGAAAGAAAGGGAACAGGAGCUCUUCAACCGUAUGGAAAGGAGAGCUGCCUUAAAGAAAAGGUUUGAAAUUCAGAAGAAGUUGAAAAAAGCAAAAGCUGCACAGAAAAAAGUCAAGCCAUCGUCAGAUCCAAUGUUGCCAACAGUGAGUGAAAGGAGUAAAGAGAGGAGGAAGCACAUUGAGCAAAGGAAGGACAACAAGAAAACGUCAGCCUUCCAAGAUCUCAAAGCAAAGAGAGAAGAGCAAAAAAAGAAAGCCGAACAGAUUCAAGCACAGAAGAAGAUAAAGGCCAGUGACAUUUACAGCGAUGACGACGACGAUGAUGAUAACAGCAGCGCUGACGAGAAGAGUGACAAAGAAGAGAGAAAGAAAGAGACAAAAGUGAGCCGGGCCAGCAGUGUGGAGAGGGCAGACUCCGACUCGGAGGCCAGUGAGAGAGAGUCGUCCCGCUCCGAGUCAGAGGAAGAGGAAGUGAGCCGGCCAAGACACAGGAAGAUCAAGUACAUAGCAACCAAAGAGGAGCUGAGUCGGAUACGAUUGUCCAGAAAUAAAGUGGAAAGGUGGUGCCACAUGCCAUUCUUCAAGAAAGUUGUCUGUGGCUGUUUUGUUCGUAUUGGAAUCGGCAACCAUGAUGGCCGGGCCGUGUACAGGGUUGCAGAGAUUGUCGAUGUAGUUGAAACAGCUAAGGUUUACCAGCUGGGAGGCACACGUACGAACAAAGGGCUGAAGUUAAGACACGGUGCUGCGGAACGUGUGUACAGGUUAGAGUUUGUGUCCAAUCAAGAUUUCUCAGACUCGGAGUUCAACAAGUGGAGGUACACCAUGGAGUUAGGGAAUCACACACUGCCCACCCUCGACGACAUACAGAGGAAGGAAGAUGACAUCAAACAGGGGUACGAAUACAAGAUCAAAGACAAGGAUAUCGAAGAGAUUGUGGCAGAGAAACAGAAAUUCAAGAAAAACCCUCACAAUUAUGCAGUCAAAAAAUCUGGUCUACUUAAGGCAAAGGAGCAAGCAGAUCUGGAGGGGGACCAGAGCGGGUCGAUGAAACUUGCUCAAGAGCUGGAAGAUUUAGAGGAGAGGGCCACCGAGCUGGAUCGGAGGCGGUCCUCAAAGAUCAACUCCAUCAGCUACAUUAACCAGCGAAACAGAAAUCGCAACAUGGUCGAAGCUGAAGAUGCGUUCAAGGCUGAGAUCGAAGAGAUGCGUAAUGCCACCGCAGAUCCGUUCACUCGUAGACACUGUCGGCCUACGCUAGUCACAAGGCAAGCCAGGGCAGAGGCAGAGAUGAAAAAGGGCCAGGAUGGAAAUGCCAGUGCAGUCAAAACGGCGGCCCCUGUCGAUGCUUCCAGUCUCCCCGCUCUACCGGUGUCAAAACUGGCUCUCUCCGACCAUGGGAAGGGCGGAGACAAGCCUGAUGGGCCCGAGCGAAGGACGUCGGAAGAUCUGUUUGCCGUGCACGACUUUGACAUCACCAUCGACCUGGACGUCCCGUCUGGAGGUGCACCGGUCGUGGUUCCCACCGCCGCCACCCUCAACCCUCGAGACAGCGCACCGAAGAGAUCCCUCAACUUAGAAGCCUACAAAAAGAGACGGGGGCUGAUAUAGAGGAGCUCUCCCAUCCGGCGCGUCUCCAUCAUUUUGCUGUGUCAUCCAUUGCCCCCCCAUUAAGGACCGUUGAAUGACAAAUGUCGGUGGUUUAUUUAUAAACGUUGUGUGCCCCGGCACGUGUUGUUGGAAGCCAGGCCCGCUCAUGGUGGUUACGUUUGUGCAUCGUUAGCUUGUCUCUCCUUUCUCUUUCCUCUCCUCUCUCUCUCUUUCUCUCCUCUCUCCUUUCUCUUGUGGUGACUUACGUCCAUGAUGUAAUGGUGCACACUAUCGUGUUGAUGUUUUCACACACACAAACACACACAACUUCCAUGUGGAUGGGACGUCGGGGCUUAUUGCAUGUGAAACGUGAGCACUGACGUUCAGAAGGCCUGCAUUGUAAGUUAUUUGCCAGUGACAGAUGGUGGGUGGUUGGCGGGUGCUCUGGUGUGGUUGGCUUCUUCUUUCCUAUCAAACAUCUAUCGUCCUUAUCUGC